AUGGCAACUACAUACACCUCUCCAACGCCAAUAGAGGAUGUCAUGCGAGACAAGCUUGUUGCUGCAUUCACCCCGUCUACGCUGAUCAUACGCAAUGAUUCGCAUCUCCAUGCUCACCAUGUGUCUAUGCAAGGAAGCACCUCCAAAGAAACGCAUUUCCAUGUCACGAUAACCUCCAAAGAAUUCCAAUCAAAACCACAGCCUGCUCGACACCGCAUGGUGUAUGCCUUGUUCAAGGACGAGAUGAGUCGAGAGGGUGGAAUCCAUGCGCUGCAAUUGCGAACACGGACGCUAGAAGAGGAACAAAAGCAAGCCGAGAGAGAAAACCAAACACAAUAA